AUGUCUUUUGCACCCUCGUUCAGCUCUUUUCCAUCGUUUGAUUCAUUUCCUGACUCUAGGCCCAGCCAGAUUCCUAAACUGCAGACGGAAGAAAAAUCGAAAAAGAAAAAGAAGACAAAGGCCCGCAACUCAAAGGACAAGGAAUCGAAGCGUGAAGGCCGUUCUGCACAAUUCAAGGACACCUUCGACGCGUCUUCGAGAGCAAAGGCUGAAGAGCCAACAGAGUUUUACUUCUCAGAUCGCACAGGGGACUCUGGGAACAUUCAAUAUGGCAAGCUCUCGUCAAGCUCAAUACCAAAAUACUUCGUCGUCGGCCGAGGUAGAAUAAUACUCGGACUUUCACCCAUUAUCACCGCUUUCUCGCGUCGAAGCCAGUCCCUCAAGCUACUGUCUAUCCCCCCGCAACGGAGGCUAACUGCAGAUAGCAAAUCCACAAAAUAUCAAGAAAGAGACGGAUUUCUUCUUCUAGGACAAGGUCGUAGGUCUCGUACCGGCGAUCCUUCCUACCGCGCCAUCACUCAAGAAGAUAACUCCGAUUCUGAUUCCGAUUCUGUCGUCUCUAUUUUCAGCAGCUCUGAAGACGAGCGUACUCUCAGUGCUCAUGAGGAGACAUUGAGGGGCCUUGAACAGCAGCUUUCUGCGGAUCCAUCGUCCAUUACCAAUUGGUUGCGUUUGCUUUCUCAGACGUUAUCGACAACCAGCGUCGCCACACAGGAAGCACGGAAAGCGCGCUCAAAGAUCACAAUUCCUUUACUUUCACGCGCACUAGCUGCACACCCCGCGAAUAGCACCUCCCCAUUGUUGCGAAUAAAAUACCUUAGAGCCAUAGAAGAUGUGUGGAGUGAGUCCCAAUGCGAUUCUGAAUGGGAGGAUGCGCUGAAACUGGGAAACAUUGACAUGUGGAUGGAAUGGCUCGAGUGGCGAAUCUCUAAAAGUACUGAUGGAUUAGAUGGAGUCAUCGAUGCUGCUCUGCGCAUAUUGUCUUCACUCGAUGACUCUGAGGAUUCAGAAGUGGGGAAGUUAAGGGUUUUCUGGAGAAUCGCAAUAGUUUUCAAGCAGGCAGGAUAUCAUGAGCGCGCUACCGCCAUGUUUCAGGCGCAAGCUGAGUUUGUCUUUGCAAAUCCACAAGCACUGAAUGGUGUACCGCUCGAAAUUCGACUGGCUGCCUUCGAAGAAUUUUGGGAUUCGGAAGUUCCCCGGAUAGGCGAGCUCCAUUCCAAAGGUUGGUCGCACUGGGUCUCACACAAGCAAGAACGCAAUCCUCUUACAGUCGUCACUUCGUCUGUCACUCCUACAUCUACUGAACUUGAUCCCUAUCGUCAGUGGGCUGAAUAUGAAACUCGAGCUGACUGUGCAGGACAGCUUCCUGCACGUACGAUUGACGAUAACAUCGACUCGGAUCCUUACUCUACGAUUCUUUUUGUGGAUAUUCGACCUUUUCUUUUUGACCUGCGGACACAGCGCUCCAAGAACGUCUUUCGCCUUGCGUGGCUUUCGACCCUUGGUCUACACAUACCUGGAUUUUCGGCUUCGUUGUCGAGUUCUGGAGACAGCCGGGAUGAUCGAUGGAGCUACAUUCAUCUUACCAAGCCCGCAUUUCUCGAUGCAAUACUCCCCACGGCGGGCGCUCAGAACGUAUCAUUAACGGCGGAUGCCUUAGCAGGUGCUCUAGUCGGCAGACAAAAAGUUUACAAGCAAAGUUUUGGUCCUAUAAAGAAUUGGUCUUUGGGCUCUUUCCACUUAUUUGACCCGGUAUAUGGAACCACAGGAAUGUGGAAUACAUUGGAUAUCGCUGACGUGGACGCUGCCUUUGUGAGCAGAGUAUUUUCCUCUCUGCGACUAGGCCCAGAGGAUACAGAUUGGGAUUCACUCUCAUUGGCCUUUGAAACCGCAUUGAGCGUAAAAAGUGCCCUUAAACUUUCUCGCUCUUUUCUUGCCUCCGAUCGCGAUUCUCUUCCACGUUGGGCAGCACAUGCGCAAUUAGAGAGGAUACGUGGAAAAUCAGACGAGGCUCGCAAAGUAUAUCAAACCGUCCUCAUUGCUUCGGCGAAACCCAUACCACGCCCCUGUGAGGGUCAUUUGUGGUCGGAUUGGGCUGAUAUGGAGUGGCUAGCCGGCCAGGAGGAAGAUGCCCUAUCAGUAAUUUGUCGUGCCGCGAGGGUCGAAGGCCAAGGAAGUCUGGCAGUCCUUCGCACUAGGCGGGCGCUGAACGAAUUUGGCAAAGAUUGUACUUCUUGGCGGGAGAGGGAGGCAUGGAUCAAGCUUGGUGCCCUGUUAGUCAUUUUGACCUCACAUAACAUACAAAAUGCGCUUUCUAUCUUCGAUGCCCAGCUCAAUGAAAUCAGGCCCCGCGAUACGGCGCACGAAAGCUUGACUAUGACAUGCCUAAUGUUCAUCUAUCGAUAUGGAUCAGUCUUGAAGAAUCCAGUGCCACCAUCGAUAUUACGGGAGCGGGUGCUUCAAUCAAUGGCGUACUAUCCCCACAACUCUGUUAUACUCGCACUAUUCCUGGAAGUCGAAAAGGGCCAAGGUGUUUGGGGGCGGAUACGAGGAACCCUAGGCGAUAACAGUGAAAAUCUAAAAGAUGUGGCGAGAAGGGUACAAGAGGUAUGGAUUGCGGGAUGGGAAAGUGGCAGAUGGGAGGCUGAAAUCGAACGUACUCGCAUUGGUUUGUCCGGCGCGGUGGAGCACGAAAGGACUAGGGGGUGUUCCCAGAUAUGGAUAAUCUACAUUGAGUUCGAAAUACGGGCAAAACAGUAUAAGCAAGCAAAAAAUCUUUUCUACCAAGCAAUUGGGCAAUGUCCACGCUAUUUGUAUUUGCUGGCAUUUGGAUCUCUCAGAGGUGUAUUUGAUGGCAGGGAACUGGAUGCAUUGGCAGAAACAAUGGCAGAGAGGGAUAUUCGGAUGCGAAAAGGAUUGGAUGAAGUUUUGGAAGAAUGGGAGCCAGAGAAACAAAAGAAUGAUGAGCCAGUGAACAACAAUGAAGAUGAUGAAAUAGAGUACAAUGCGAAGGAAUUGAGAAGACUACGACCGUACUGA